AUGGCUGCUUCUGAAACACCAAGAGAUCGUAAAAACCGUCUUGCUAGAGAAUCUUACGCACGCCGAAAAUCGUUACUUACAGCUGAACAACUUGAACAUCGUCAUGCGCGGCAACGUGAAACCUAUAGGCUUCGUACUGAAGCUGAUUCAAGUGAACAAGCUGAUUAUCGACCUUAUAUGCAUCGUACUCAACAAAAACGUGCUUCUAAUGCUGCCUGUAUGCAGAUGUAUGAUACUGCUACCAUUGGUCGUCACGAGUUGGGACCAAUGGAUGUGGAAUUACCUGUUGUGCGAAUGGAAAAGUAUCAACUGCCAAUUAUUAAUCAACCACCUGAACCUUUACUUUCGUUACUCACUGGAGAAGAUAGUAGAUCCUGUAAUUUUCGAAAAGACAUUCAUUUGUUGAUUCUUGAACAACUUCAAUCUAUGUUACAUAAUGUUAACCCAUAUGUCUACAUCUUUCAACAAAUUGCAUAUAGUUUACAUGAAAAUUCUUUUCAAACUUUAAAUUUUGUCAUUAUUAAAGCACACAAUGAACGUCAAUACGUACCUCUCUCUGCAUCAGAAAUUGCUGUUCUUAUGGUAGGUGAUUGUCAAGAAAUUGAACUAUUAAACCGAGAUAUUUUACUCUACAAACAAAAUGGUGGUUUACAAAAAUUUCUCAAACCCAUCGUUCUUAUAUUCCAUUACAUUAUAAGUGGAUGUUUAUUACAGCAAUAUAUUGUUGAUACAUAUGCUUGCAUUGAGCAAAACCAUCUUAACUACUUGAAGCAUAAUCAAAAAAAAAUUCAUGCUGAAUUGUACAGUGGGCUACAAGAUGUACUUUCUAUUUAUGAUGAAUUGCCUCAAUUUGGAUCUCAAGUUGGUCAUAAAGUCAUACUUUCAUCUAGUUUUGUUGGUAGUCCUCAAGAUGCAAUAAUUAUUGUUAGACAAAUAGGCAAACCAGAUUUAUUUAUUACAAUGACAUGUAAUCCAAACUGA